CUGAAAAGCGACUCAGCUCGUCUCUGCUUCCUGCUAGAAAGCAUGUGCUCAUCCUGACCUGAAGUCUGUGAAGAAUCAGUUGAUUGGUGAGAUGGACCCUGAACCCUGCAGGACGAUGGAGGUGGCAGCACUUGGUCGGCCGUUCAGCGUGGGGAUGCUGUAUGACUGUCGCCAAGAUUUACUCAUCCCUGGCUUGACCCUGUGGGACCGUGAUGACCUGAUGAAGGAUGUUGCAGAACGACCACAAAACUAUAAUGAAUUUGAGAUAGUUGCCUCUGAAUCAAUUGAGGAUAAAUCCUCUGCACUUGAUGUUAAAGCAUCACUGAAGGCAAGUUUCUUGUGUGGACUCAUUCAGGUAGAUGGAUCAGCGAAAUACCUGAACAACAGUAAGACUUCCAAAAACCAAGCCAGAGUAACACUGAAGUACAAAGCAACUACAAAGGUCCGGGAACUGUCGAUGAAUCAUCUUGGAAGAGGAAAUGUGAAACAUCCUUAUGUUUUUGACAAAGGAAUAGCAACGCACGUAGUCACAGCGAUUCUUUAUGGGGCACAAGCCUUCUUCGUUUUUGACCGAGAGGUUUCUCAAAAUGAAAAUCAACAAGACAUUGAGGGAAACUUGAAGGUGAUUAUUAAAAAAAUACCUUCCCUUUCUAUAGAGGGUGAAGCUUCACUGGAAAUGGAAGAAAAGGAAAAAGCUAAUGUUAAGAAAUUCUCCUGCAGUUUCUUUGGAGACUUUUCCCUUCAGGAAUCUCCUACAUCGUUUCAGGAAGCAGUGCAAGUCUACCAAAGUCUGCCUAAACUGCUGGGAGCCAAUGGAGAAAACGCAGUACCAAUGAAGGUCUGGCUGCUGCCUCUGACAACUUUAGAUUCUUCUGCCGCUAAACUUGUACGUCAGAUAAGUAUAACACUAGUACAAGAAUCACAGAGUGUCCUGGAGGACCUCAAUGAGCUGGAAAUGAGGUGUAACGAGGCACUGAGAACCACCACAGCAAAGCAGUUCCCACAGAUCAGCAAAAAGAUGAAAACUUUUAAAGAGAUGAUCUCUGGAUUCAAGCUAGAAUUCCAACAAACAUUGGCAAAGAAACUUCCAUCAAUCCGUGGAGGAGGAGAAGAGGAGGCUGUGCUCGCAGAUGUCCUGAGGAAAAUACACUCUUCUCCAUUCAACAACAAAAACCUGACUGAGUGGAUGGAUUGUAAAGAGAGAGAGAUCUGUCUUUUAAAGUCUUUUAACAACAUGAUAAAGAACACCAAGACUGUUCCAUCCCAAAAUAUUGAUCAGGAAAUUUUCAGUUCAGAAUAUGCUGUGUGUUUUGUUUUCACCUCACUGGGAAAAGAUGAACCAUACCUCUCAGCUUUGUCAAACUACUUAAGACAAACACCCAAACCAGAAAACACUCAAGAUCCACAUACUCUGGAUGUAGAGAAGGAACAAUGGUAUCUUUCCCAUGAAGUGACAGAUUCAAUGAGGGAAAAAGCAAAGCUCUUCAGUGACUUUGCAGAGGCCAACCAGGAGAACAAGAACAUUAAGUUCUUGACAGUUGGAAUAACAAAUGAGACACAGAAAGGUUCGAGCAUCUACCUUUAUAAAGAGGGCUUUUCUGUCACUGAGAACUUUGAGCCGCCUUCAAAGCCUGAAACAGUCACAGUAAGAGACGUAAACCACAACAGUGUGACACUGAAGAUUGAUCCACCAAAGUUUGGAUCAGAGAGCAUCACCUCCUACUCUGUUGAGUACUGUGUCAGUGGAGAGGAAGGAUGGAAACAACAGACAGCAUCAAAACCUGAAGAAGUCACAGUGGGUGAUCUGAGUCCAAACACAGAGUAUAAGAUCAGGUGCAGAGCAGUGACCUCUGUAGGUGUUGGACCAGCCAAUCAUGUCAGUGAUUCCAUUAAAACCUUACCCUGCAGCCCUCCUGGAAAACUUCAAAUUGAAUCAAACUCAAGUGAGAUAUCAGUGAGCUGGAAGAAACCGGCUGAGCUUGGACAAGACGUCCACAUUUUGAGCUACAUCGUGGAGUACGCCGAAACAAACAAGAGAACAGACAAAGAGGAGGAUCUCCAGUGGAAGCAAAUGAUAACAGGAGCUGAGAAGACGAUCAUUUCAGGGCUUCAGUCAGAGACAGAAUAUGUUGUCAGGGUCAGAUGUGAUUGUGGUGCAGCUGGCAGAAGCAAGGAGAGCAUCACUGUGAAAAUCUGCACAAGUAGACGUGAAUUUGCGAGUCUUGCAGAGUACCUCAAAAACAUUAGCAAAAGGAAACUCUCUGCAUCACCCUCAGUUUACAAACUGCCUCUGGAAAAAGAAGACAUUGACAUAGAUGGAUGUCGGAGGUUUAACUUGGGCAAAGAAAGCAUGAGACAAAAUCGCACAAUGAUGCUGAUGGGAGCGACCGGAUCAGGAAAGUCCACUCUGAUCAAUGGAAUGAUCAACUACAUUGUUGGAGUGAAGUGGGGGGAUGACUUCCGAUUUAACUUAAUUGAAGAGGAUGAGUCCAGAUCACAAACUGAAAGCCAGACUUCUGAAGUCACUGUGUACAAAAUCAACCACCAGGAAGGGUUCAAAGUUCCUUUCUCUUUGACUAUAGUCGACACUCCAGGGUUUGGGGAUACAAGAGGAGUUGGGCGAGACAGGGAGAUCACAGACCAAAUUCGGAGACUUUUCACCUCUGACAAUGGAGUUUGGGAGAUUGAUGCAGUGUGUUUUGUUACUCAGGCCUCUCUCGCACGACUUACAGCAACACAACGAUAUGUGUUUGACUCAGUUCUCUCCAUUUUUGGAAAAGAUGUGGCAGAGAAUAUUCAGAUGCUGGUGACUUUUGCAGAUGGCAAGCAGCCCCCCGUUCUUGAGGCUAUAAAUGUGUCAGGGGUCCCAUGUCCAAAAAAUGACAUAGGGCUUCCAGUUCACUUCAAGUUCAACAACUCUGCAUUAUUUGCAGACAACAGAUCCAUCAGUGACAGGGCCUGUGAUGAGGAUUCUGAUGAUGAUGGCAACUUUGAUGAAAUGUUUUGGAACAUGGGUACCAAAAGCAUGGAGAAGUUCUUCAAUGCAUUGGUUAAAAUGUCAACUAAAAGCCUGCUGAUGACCCAAGAGGUUCUUAAAGAAAGAAAACGGCUUGAAAUCGCUGUUGAAGGUUUGCAACCACAAGUAAAAAUUGGAUUAGCAAAACUUGAAGAAAUUAAGAAAACCACAGAAAAGGUCAAAGAACAAGAAACAGCCAUGACUAAAAAUGCAAACUAUGUCAUUGAAGUUGAUGUUAUUAGGCCAGUUCAAGAACACCUGACUAAAAAAGGAGAGUACAUCACCAACUGCCAGAAAUGUUCAAUGACAUGCCACUACCCCUGUGGAAUAGCAGAUGAUGAUAGAAAACACGGCUGUUCAUCAAUGGAUAGCAAGGGGAUGUGCAAUGUCUGCCCUGGCAAAUGCAUUUGGAGUGUGCAUUUCAACCAAACAUACCGUUGGAAGUAUGUUAAAGUGAAAGAGAAGAAGACCCUGCAAGAGCUAAAGGACAAGUAUGAAAAGGCUAACAAAGAGAAGAUGACUGUUCAGGAGGUGAUUGAGCAGCAGGAGGAAGAAAUCUCUCAACUUCAAGACAUGAUAGUGUCUCUGAUGGAUCAGUCCGCUAACUGUAUCACACGUCUGCAAGACAUCGCCCUGAGGCCCAACCCUCUGACCACUCCACAGUACAUCGACUUGCUGAUUGAAGGAGAAAGGUCAGAGGCCAAAGAGGGUUAUAUGGCUCGAAUUAGGGCUUUGGAGGAAAUGAGAGACAAGGCAAAAAUCAUCUAUAAAGUUUCCAAGCGAAAAACACUUGAUGAAGAAGUGACAGAAGAAAAAGAAAAAGAAAAGAAAAAGAAAAACCCUGUCCAGAGAUUUUUUAAUUAUUUGGGAUUUUAGGGAAAGAAUUAAGAUCUGCGGUACUAGCAGAACUGCGGACGUAUUCCCAUCAAUCUAGAAGUUUAGCUCUGGUUUAAACUUUUAAAAUAACCUCAAAGUACAUCAGAGCAUUGGUAUGGUCAUUCAAAACAAAUGUAUUCAUGUGUUCAUAUUCAUAGUUGAUAAAAAAUGUAUUUCCUUUGUAUCACAUUAAGUGCAUUUACAUAUACUUCAGUACCCCGUUUAUGAUCCUUAACCCCGUUUUAAUCGUAUUUGGGAUCUGGUGUUUACAUGCACGCAGAGAAACCUGGUUCUUCACAUCCCUGUGUACAGUACAUGAUACAUGAUAGUGUCUGAUCUGAUUUCUGAUUACUUCAUAUUAUGUGUGCAGGCAUCUGUGAUGUUUAUUUUAACAACACAAACUGCAUCAAUUCAGAAAUCUGAGAAAAUUGAGACCAUUGUGAAUUAUUGCAAGCUAAGCACUAUAAAUGCCAACAUGGCGUUGCAGAUAUGACGUAUCCACCUCAUUUCCAGCAAUAGAAGAGAGCGACAGUUAAAGUCAAACAUUUCCUCCCCUCAGACUAGUGUCAGCCUGUCACUGCUACCCCAUGGCACAAGGGAGAAAUUGGUGAAGAUACCCAGUCGUGACUGACGGGACAGGGUUGUAGUAAUGUUUCUUCAGUACUGCCGUAACCUGACUUACAUUUGUGUUGGGAAACCAGCGUCCUGUAAACCUGUCCACCACAGACUUAAAUAGGUCAACAUUUUGACGCUUCCUCUUGUCUAAACGUUAAAUUGUAAAUUAAAUUUUCUUAUUACCGAAAGACAAAACUUAGUUUUUUCGUCACUCCAUUCAGUAAGACGCUCUCAUUGCCACCGCCAUGUUUGUUUUACUGAUUUGUCACUUGGCUGAGGCAGCUGGUCAGAGACCGGGGUGAGGUGUCUACAUGCCACAGUAUCCAGUUUUCUGCCGGUGUUCUCCAGGUGACAAAAUCAGGUUUCUCAAAUCAGGAUAAGGGCUAAUCCAGGUUAAUAUAUUAUAUUUACAUGCACAAACACAAAAACCGGAUACUUUAGUCCAUGUAAACACACUUAUUGAUGUGUAUGUUAAGGCCUGUAUAUGUACAUGUUAAGAUGAAUAUUGCUUCGUAUUCAAAUCACUUAAUGUCCCUCAUGUUGAUUGAAUUUGUUUUCACUGUUUUUACUUUAUGAUUUUGUGGUAUUGAUGAAGCUGUUGCAGGUUAGAACUGAAUUUGUUGAUUUUGGACAAGUGUUUCUUAAUGAUAACAUGUGUAACAUUGAUCAGGACAUUGGAGCGCAAGUCAUUUAUGAGAUUGAUCACUUAGGAAAAAAGGACAUCUGCCACUGAAGUGAAGACUGAGCUGCCUGUACUAGUGUCAAACAUGUCAGAUUUUAGCAUCAAAUCUUAAACUAAAUGCAUUUUGGGUGUUUUGUGUUGUUAUAUUGCCGUGUUUCUCUUUGCUUGAAAAAAAAAAAAAAGAAUAAUCUCAGAAUUUGGUUACUAAGAAGUUAAUUGCAGAAAUGGUUCAAAGUAUGUUGUACUGAAAACAGUGCUUUAUUUUUUGAUUGUUAUAUUAAAGAUGCUGUAAUAAAUUGAUUUAAUUGGCUU